UACGACCCCUCAAUUCGCCGCUAGGAAACAAAAUUUUUCGGUUACUCAUUGAGUUUAUUUUCUCAAUUCUAAUAUUUGAUUGUCGUUUUUUUGGUUAAUUGUUGAGUGUUUUUCUAUUGUUUGAACGAUUAAUUAGAUGACCAUGUCCUCGAGGAACACCGAGGAAACUAAUGUCCACCUUGAUUCCAGUAGCUAUUGGUGUUCAUUAAAGCGUCUUAAUGCUGUUGUUUCGCGAAUUCGAACAUGUCAAUCUAGUGAUCUUUUAAAAGAUUUGGAACAAUUACUUCAACAUCAUAAACCAGAUUUGGUUUCAUUACUUGCCAAUGAGCCACGAAAUGCUGCUCACCGAGAAGCCGUCCAAAAAGCUUGUAAAGAUGGAAUCACCAUCGUUCAAAAUGAACAGAAAACCAAUCAGGUUAUUCCUGAGAAGGUGGUUAAUGAAGCUCUCCUUUUAUCUGAUAUGUUCAAUUUAAAUGAGAUCAUUGCACUUGAACUUUUGAUCAUGGGUACAGAUCAAGAGGCGAGAUAUCCUGGUAUGACUCGUGGACCCAUUGCUGUUUUACUUUACUACGACUCAAAGCGAGUUUUAUUGAGCACAUUGAAAAUUUUGGUUGACACUAUUUCUGGACGUACUUGGUUAUCUGAAUGUAAUGAAAAUGCCAACAAAUUAAUUGAAACAUUUGUUGGUCAAUUGAAAGAUGCCAAUGUUGUUCAAAAAUGUCUUGAAAAUUUAGAAAAAUUUGAUGUCAGUUCGGAAUAUGAUUGUCUUCUUAUCAACAAAGCUCUUGGACCAGGAAAAUACAAGAAACAAGUUUACAGUAUUAUAAAGGAGAUUAAACAACUUUACGCCGAGAUCGUUUUCUCUUUUGCUGCUCAAUCAACUCUCAGUCAAGAUGAAUUGAAAUCUCUUCUCCGAAUCAUCUCGGAAAAAUGUGAACUCGAUUCAAAUGGAUGUUUGGAUUAUAUUGCAACAACUCUUCUCAUGUCUUUACUUUAUGUAAUGGAUACCUCAUUGUUGAGAACUUAUGAUGAAAAUGAUCCAGCAAUUUCUAAGAAUUUGGUUGCAAAACACAAAACCCUUUUCGACGAGAUCCACAAAUAUCUGGAAGUUGCCAAAUUUUCCGUUGAAGGACUUCAAGUUAUCAUUAAGUUUGCCCUUCUCAUUGCUUACAAAACUCUUUCCCUCUUUCUCACUGACGGUAUGCCAGUUCUAGAGGGUGAAGAGGAUAGUAUGUAUGAUGAUAUCAUUGAGAAGAAAGUAUUUGAAACAAUGACUCGACUUUUGGCUCAAAAUCCUCAUGUUUACAAGGAUCGAUUCUACCUGGUUUGGCUUCAUGAGGUUCUAUCAGAUUUUAUUGCCUUGUUCCCAUUGAAAAUUAAAGAGUUACGAGAUAAAGGCGAUGAAAGCGGUCGUAUUAUUGCUGUUCACAUGGCUGAAAACAUACAACCUCCUCGAUAUUUAUCUCGAAAUUUAGAAAAAUUGUUAUACCUCAUGGCUGAAGUUUAUUCUCAUGAUAACUUUGGAUUAUCCAGUGAAAUUUGGAAUUCAAGUAAUGAGGAAUCCCGACUCUUACCAAAGUACAUUGCUUUCCGUAAAUUUAUUCGAUCUUUGGUUGAUUCAUCUCUACCCCAAGUUCUCCAUGUUCCAAUUCUUAAUUUGUUAGCCUCUUUUGCUGCCACUUCUCCAUUUAAUGUUUAUAAUCUUCUUAAACAUCCUGGUCUCAACCAAACAACUCUUUUCUCUUUCGAUCAAUUUUUUGCCGUUCUACACAAUUACCGUGUUCUUGGGUCUGACAAAAUUGGUUCCGUUAACAAUAGUUUUGGCUCAUCUUCUGCUAGAAUUUUGGCCAAUUUUGGUUCAGUUAACCUUUCGCCCCUUGACUUGGAUAUAUUAUGCUCUAUACUUCAUCUUUUGGGUGCUAGUAAAAAUGAUCGUAAUUGUUGUGUAUCAGUCGCUGAAAAUCAACGUUACUCAUGUAUUCCAACUUUGGUUGGUCUGCUGAUGGGACCUGUUCCUAGAAAAUUGAAAGCAGCCAUUUUAUCAUGUAUCUCUGGAUUCGCUAGUACAACUGCUUCCGUAGCUUUAACAAUAUGGAUUAAAAUGGACGUUAUUCUACCUAAAUCACAAAUAGCCACCUCAACUUUUGCUAACUCUCGACGUCAAGUUACAUGGCAAAGUGGAAUUGCUUUGGAAGUUGAAGACAUUGAACCAAGAAAUGAAGAGUAUCCAAUAACCAUUUCAUUUCUUUCAGCAAUUCAUUCCCUGGUUAAGCAUAUACGUUACAAUCGUCAACCCGCUCAUCAAUUUGCUCUCUUUGACUGUGCCGAAUUUAUUAUAAAUUCCAUUCUUCUCAAAUGUAACCAUCGUUUCUACAAAAUACCAGAGGAAAAUUGGACAAUUAAACGUGACUCUCUUUACAUUUUAUGUGACAUACUAGAAAUAUUUGAUCCACUUAAAGAUGUUCCCGGUUUAAAAGCAGCUUUCUCAGUAAUGUGGCAAUUACUUCAAGAAAAUGUUCUCUUCACCUGUAUAAUGGAAAUGAUUGAAGAUAUUGUCUACAUGUUCGGUCCAGAACCUGGUGGAGGAGUUGAACCGGAUCACAAAAAUUUCGAGUUAUAUGAACAAUGUAUUCUCAAUGGAUUGAAGUUAUUAAACCUUGUUGCCUUGAAAGAAGCAGAUUUCAUCCGAAAUAUUCACACUCUUCCUGGGUAUCCAUCGGCAAUGCUUCUCACUCUCGCCUCUCUAUUUUCCAAUGUUAAUCAUCGAACUGGAAACAUUGAUAGACUUGCCACCUUAAUCAAGGUAAUCUCACUGCCAUCGAUUCCCGUUCAAGUUGAAAGUCUUCGUUUACUUCAGAAUCUAGUCCGUUCAGAUCAUCAAAUCUCAGAGCGUAUGUUACUUCAAAUACGCCCUUUCAGUGAACAUCAUGAAGAUUAUUUCAUCCAUGGGUUUGUUGACUGUUUGGAGGCUGAAGAAGAUGAAUUGUGUAUUGAAAGCUUAAAAUUCAUCUUGACUUGUGUUAAACGAGACUCUUUACCAGGGGUCUAUGGUUUCUCUCACAGAAUAUUGGGUUUCGAUCGUAAUAAAAGUAACCUUCGUGUUCCUGGUUCUUUGGGGCAAACAUUUAAUUCACUUCAUGCGAUGCUUGGAUUAAUAGACAAUGUAGAUGAAAAUCCCAAAAAGAGAGCAAUUUGCAUGGAAAUAAUUUAUACUCUCUGUAAUGAUGUGGAAAUAUCGGAUAAUGUAUUACGUUUCCUUCGUACAAGUUAUGAACUUAUCGACCAAUUUUUGGAUACUUUACAAAAACAAAGAUCAAUCCGACAAAAUAAAUGGUUAACCAUGGAAAAUGUUUCCGAGAUUGCCUGGUUCUUAAGGAUACUUGCCAUUGAACUUAAAACCACAGCUGAAAGUAAUUUAAAAUCUAAUCGAGAUGGUUACAUUAAAAAGAUUCUCGGUGAAAAUGGAGACAAAAAAUUGAUCGAUUUUUCACCAGAAAUGGUUUUUAAACAUCAACAUCCGGAAAUGUCUCAAUGGGAGUUUUUCGAUUGCAAUGAACUUUGGAAAACUUUCUCAGAAUGUAGCUCACCACCAGAUAAUGUAAUUGAUGUCAAAAUUUUACACCAAAAGCUACUUUCAGAAGUGAACAUGGUUGGUUUACAAUUAGGAGUUGUUCAAACUAAUCUAAUUCAAAAUGAAAUUCAAAUGAUUCUUCAAUAUGCCAUGGCUUUAAAUGGUUCUCAAGAGCAACUCAACUCGAAUACCCUUUACUUUGAAGGUUGGAGAGAACUGACUGAAACUGUGAUCUCGGUUAAAUGUUUGGACAUUUAUCCACAACCCGUUAAACCACGUAUAUUAAUGGAAAUACUUCAAGAAUUAUUAUCUAGAGCAAUUUCUCCGGACACUGUUGCCACACUGAUAACUCCCAUUUCAUCAGUUAUGCUUCUCUCUUCAUCUUCACUUACUUCAGUCAAACCGGAAGCAUCAAUGAACAAUCAAAUUGGAGGAGUUGCCAGAGGAAUCAUGUCUCUUAUGGAAUCAACAUCUUCCAAUUCCCUUUGGAAUCAACAUAAAAGAGCUCGAGUUAACUUUUACGCUACCUUAUUACAUUUAUAUCGUCUUCUUCCCUCAGCAUUCCUGUAUGACCUUAAAAUUGGUUCUCGAUUAUUGAAAAAACUAUGUAAAGAUGUUUUAUCCGGACAUGAGGUUACCAAAGUUCUCGCCAUGUCUAUUCUCAGUGAAAGUGAACUAACAUGGGCUCGAGAUCUUUCAAAUGAUGGAACCUUGAAAUUACUUGUGGAAAGUUUAAAAGGCGACGACAAGGAAAUCGUAGGCCAAAAAUUUGACGUUCAUUGUAAAGCUUUUUAUGCAUUUGAUUCUAAAAUGGCUCUGUUGAUGAAAAUUUGUACCGAUGCUACUGGUGUUCGUAUUGUCACUCACGCUGGAAUUAUUGAAACUUUAUCCUCAUUUACAUCUUUUGAACUGUUCCCCGUUCUCCUUAACCAAAGUGACAUAUGUUACAAAAUGUUUGUCUCCGUUUUGAGAUUAUUGUUAGUUUUAUGCACCACCAAUGAUCGUCAAUCUUACGAAAAUUUUUCCCAAUUUUUCACCAUUCGAGGAUCCGUACUUUGUGAUAUCAUCCGAAUGGCAUCCGAAAUUAAAAAUACAAAUGAACGUUUAACUAUAUUAACUUUGAUUACUGGUCUUUUAUCAAAAUUAGUCCAUUAUGUCAGUAAACCACUUCAAAGGUCUUACAUGUGUCUAUUAAACAAUUACCUUGGUGUUAUUGAUACAAAUGAAAGUAAAAUAGUUACAAACAUCCUGAUAGGUUAUGUUAAAAUUUGUUCACAAAAUGAACUGAUCCCUAUUUUAACUCCAACUUGGAAUUAUCGUAUUUCAUUUGCCAAUGUUGAUCCACCAACACUCGGUUCAUUGGUUCUCAUUAUUGAUGAAAAUGUUGAAAAAUGUUCCAACUCGAAAGAUUUCAUCCCAAUGAUCGAGGCGAGUCUCUAUUUAGUCUGGCAUCAUCUUAACCUUUAUUUCAACAUGUUGGAAGUAAAUUCAGAACAACGAGCAGAAGUAAAUAAACUUAAAGCUGAAUCAGCUGGAAUAGUUAGUGAUUUAUUUUUCUCAAAAAUUCAAAAUUCAAUCAAGGACAACAACUUUGUCGAUGUGAUGAUCCGAAGGAUUAAAAGAGUCAUCAAGUUGAAAUAAUAAAUAAUCAUGGAAUCGAAAACCAUCUAACACAAUCAUCAUCCAAAACUACUACAAUCUAACCAAAAUAUCAUCAUAAAGCAAAAUAUCAAUACAAACAAAAAAAAUAAUGUUCAUUAUCGUUUUUUUUUUCCUUCAUCUUUUACAUCAAAACUUCAUCCCCUCCUAUUUGUAUGUCAAAAAAAAAUCAACUUGUAAACAACAACAACAACUACAUCAAUUAAAUUGGGUUUCCAUUUAACCUUUGCUACUGGAUAAAAAAAAAGCAAAACAUAA